AUGACCAACUACGUCAACUCCCUUACGCUCAGUGCCAGAGGCAAUGGUCUCGUCGCCGGCGGCUCGCUACCGGCGCAAGCUUUGACCAAGCUCAUGAGCCACGGCAAACGACUGAUCGGAUACCUCAAGCAGCCGCGCGUCCAGAAGCUGAUCCUAGCUUACAUCGCCAGCUUCUCCGUCGUCUUCGCGUUCCUAAUGCUCCUUGGGUUUGGCCCUCUUGGAGUCGGAGCAGGCUCUCUCGCUGCGGCCUUCCAGUCUGCGGUCUACGGAGGCUUUGUGCCGGCCGGAGGACUUUUCGCAACCUUGACGUCGAUGGGGAUGCUGGGGACUCUGGCGCCUCUGUUCCUGGGUGUUGCUGCCUUGUUUACCACGGCGGUUACGGUGAUGGUGUGGGGGUUCCGCGUAGCCAGCAUGCCUCCCUUCUUCAAACUGUUCCACCAGCUCCCCAUGCUGCUCGCCAUUCUCAAUCUACGAUUUCUCCUAAUCCACGCAACGCCGACAUCCCACGCCUCACAACUCUCUUCUUUGUCCAAUGACCUCUCUCCAAGGACUCAGCCACUCUACAGCGCAGCCCUCACCAGUCAUCCCAAACGCGCCCAAGUCACCAAAGGUACCUUCUACCGCGGUCUGUGGUCCCUCGCCCUCACCACAGCCACCUUCCUCGCCCAAGGUCCAUCCUCCUCCGUAGCCCCCGCAAGCGACGUUGAACUUUUCGCCCAGCAGAUUCUAGACAAAGUCGCGACAAGUAUCGCUACGGGUGCUACCGAGAAGACCGCUUUCGGUUGGGGCCUUGAAGGCAUCUCGAUUGCCUUUGCAAGCUGGAUCGACCCCGUGACUAACGUUGCGCCUGGUGUGCCGUGGGAGGUUGUUCAAGAAUUCGUGACGAGGUUCGUCUUGUGGAGAGCGCAGCGGGGCACCGUAUUGGCCUUCUCUGGCAACAUCUGGGGGCCUGGUGGGCAGUGCAUCAAAAUUGUGUUGGAGGUUGCGGGGACCACUGGGUUUGCGGAGGUUGCAAGCAACAUUUUGGAUAGCGCGAGUGAGAUUCAUGGGGGUGGUUGA